AAAUGUACACUCGUGAAAUCACGGUGCACAGUUUGUUUAUCUUUCUUAGUUAAUGCCAAAGACCCGUUUCACAAAAUCCAAUCCCAAGAAGUGGUGAGGAUAACGUUGGUCAGUUAACAAAGCAAAAUCCCGGCAAGUUAAAGCGGUGGGGUGCCCGUGGAUAUAGCACCGGUCAUCAUGAACACAGCGCUGAACAGAACGGAAUUAAAGCUCAAUAGAAGAGUGUUGCGUGACACCUGGCGAAUCUGAUAAAUAUACUUCGUCGAUUGAGACAGAAAUAAACGAGGUAAACGACUAUCAACGAUAGUAAGGGGCACGCGUAUCGUGAAACAGGUGAAACGAAAGCUUCAGAAGCCGUUAAAAGAGAAGAAACGCAAAGAUGUUGAAAGUAGUAGGAUUGGAGGAUAACCAGCGAUUCGCAUUGAUGAAAUUUAGGCGGGCAGUUCAAGACAUUCUGAAGCAACCGCAUCACGACGAUAACUUUCUACUACGUUGGCUUCGAGCAAGAAAAUGGGACCCAAACGCUGCGGAGAAGAUGUUGCGUGAAUCCAUGGAGUGGCGAAAACAAUGGGAAGUUGAUAAAUUAAGCGAAUGGGAUCCUCCUCAAAUUUUGAACGAUUACCUACCUCACGGCCUAUGUGGUUUCGACAAGGAUGGUGCUCCAGUUGUCGUUGUGUAUUUCGAUGCAUUGGACAUUUAUGGCAUUUUGCAUGUGGUCUCGAGAAGGGAAAUGAUAAGGGUGACCAUAAAACGUCUUGAAGAAUAUUUAAAUCUUUGUCGAGAACAAAUGUUAAAACAUGGUCCGGCGGCUGGUCAGGUUGUCGUAAUUUUCGACAUGCAAGGUUUCAACUUGCGACAGUAUCUCUGGAGACCAGCUGGAGAAGUCGUUAUUACUUUAAUCCAAAUGUACGAAGCUAAUUACCCAGAGAUUUUAAAGAACUGUUACAUAAUUAAUGCUCCAAAAGUAUUUGCUUUUGCAUUUUCGGUAGCAAAGAAAUUUAUGAAUGAGUAUACUUUGUCAAAAAUUCAAAUAUACAAAGCAGAUCCUGCGAAAUGGCAGGCAGCGAUAUUUAGUAAUAUUGAUAGAGACCAAGUGCCUGCUUUUUUUGGAGGUACCCUUAAAGACCCUGAUGGUAACCAAAAAUUUGGUACAAAGAUCUGUCUUGGUGGCAAAGUUCCUAAAGAAAUGUAUGUAACAAAUACAGAAAAAGAUAAAGAGACCUUCACGACAGUUACAAUUAAGAAAGGUGGGAAAUUGGAGCUUGAUAUGCCAGCACAUGAGUUAGGAUCUCUACUGAGUUGGGAAUUUCGAACGGAGAAUCAUGACAUUAAAUUUGGUAUCGUAAAGAAAGACAAUAAUGGAAUACAGAAGGAAGUAAUACCCAUACGACGAGUGGCUGCUCAUCAAUUAGACGAGAUUGGAAUUUUGACUUGUGAAGUACCUUCUACAUAUUCUGUUGUCUUUGAUAACAGUUAUAGCAUAAUGAGAAAUAAAAAAAUCCAUUAUUCUGUGAGAAUUAUACCGCCAUCAGAAUCGCAAGAAUUGACGUCAGCAACUUCAUAAUUAAUAUACGUUGUGUAG